GUCAUAUGACAUCAAGAUGGCGGACCCUAGCAGUACAACCCCAGUUCGUCCUGCUUCAACGCAGUCUAGUUCACCAACAACAACAGAUACCUCAGCGAUAUACUAUGACAUUUCACCAACCAUUGUGUUUGUGGUCCGAAUGUUCAAUGUCAUUGUGCUGAUCAUGGUUGCGAUUGCCUUUAUCCUGUGCCUUGUACAAGCCAACACAGCCAACAAGUCCUACUAUCUAUUAGCCUGCAACAUUGUCAUCAGCAGUUUUGUUGGAGUAGUAGUGAAUUGGUGGUAUCGAAGUGGAGACUUGGGUGUGGAGAAGUACUGGUACAUUGUCUUGGUGGGCGUUGUCAUCCCUCAUACAGACCAUUACAACAGACAUCUACGUGUUCCGACCCGAGCCUGAAAAUAUGUCUGGGCUGUCCACUGCUAAACCAGUUAUAAACGGAACAACACGCAUGGCUUCACUUGGACAUGAUCACAACACGACCCUGGGAGCCUGAAGUAUUGGACUUACAUCAGUUACAUUGCCUUGCCACUGCAUUUGAAGUCUCCUUCUACCUGCCUGUGGAGAAGCAGAGAUUUGCCAAAUGUGCAAGAUGAAUGAUAAAGCAAUAUAUAGUAGUGUUUCAUUGUAAAUAGCAUCAAGUUAUUAUAUAUAGCAAUCUUCAUGAUAUGACUUACAUCAUGUGUCAUAAACAAUGUAAAGCUAAUCUUUGGUUGGUAGUUUGACGUUGGUAGUUCAAGACAUGACUUACAUCAUGUGUCAUAAACAAUGUAAAGCAAGUCUUUGGUUGGUAGUUUGACAUUGGUAAUUCAAGACAUGACUUACAUCAUGUGUCAGAGACAAUGUAAAGCAAGUCUUUGGUUGGUUGUUUGACAUUGGUAGUUCAAGACAUGACUUCCAUCAUGUGUCAUAGACAAUGUAAAGCAAGUCUUCGGUUGGUAGUUUGACACUGGUAGUUCAAGACAUGACUUACAUCAUGUGUCAUAAACAAUGUAAAGCAAGUCUUCGGUUGGUAGUUUGACAUUGGUAGUUCAAGACAUGACUUACAUCAU